UCGACGGUCACGGAAUGUUUUUACCCGCGCGAUUGGCUCUAUUGAGCCUUCUUAUUUCGUUGUCCCACGGGCAAAGGAGUAAAUCGAGGCAGGAUCAGCCGCAGGGCAGGACCCUGGGUCUAUUGACGCCUCUUUUACUGGGAGGUGGUGGUCCGCUCUUCGAUGUUCCACCUCCAAUCAGACCUGGUGGUGGAUCGGCAUCUUCAGGUGGUGGCGCAGGCACUCAAUCGGAUCCUCUGGACUCGUACUACGGCGCCAGUUAUCCCAGCUAUGGAUAUAGGCCCAACUAUGGAUACGGCUAUCCCAAUUACGGCUACAACUAUGGAUAUCCCAGCUUGGGCUAUGGCUAUGCCCAGAACUAUUAUAGACCCAACUACUACAACUAUGGUGGCUACCAGAGACCGCAGCAGUAUUACGGUUACAGGCCGAAUUAUAGUUCCAUAGGUGCAUCUGCGGGUUAUCCUUCUUAUGGAGGAUAUGGUGGUACAGCUAGCAUAUCUAGUUCACCCACAUCAUCGGCAAUUGGAGUGGGAUCAGGAGCAGGAGCAGUAUCUGGAGCUGGAGCUGGUAGUUCACAGCUAUCCACCGCUCAACAAGCCCAAUUAGCAGGCAUUUUGGGCCAGGCUUUGGGUAGCAGUCUACGCCCCCUUCUAGCAAACGGGGGCGGGGCAGCGGGCGCAAAUGGGGCGGGCGCUAAUCCUCAAGCGCUGAGCGGGCUACUCAGUUUGCUCGGCUAGGCCAUAAAUCCGUCAGUACUAAUAGCAAUCACACGAUUAAGUCAUUGAAACUACAUUACAGAUUUUCGCAGUUACAAUUUUUCCAUUCUUCUAGAAUUAGCUGAAAAUAAUCAAAUUUCUUCUUCUUUUUAAUAAUUUCUUUUUCUUUUCAUUUUGAAUCAUCUCUUCAUUUAUGAAUAUACAAAUCAAAUCUGU